UCCUCCCCAAAGAGGGGUGGCGGGUGUUCCCCGCGGGCGGCCCGGAGCCGACGGGGCGCCCCGGGGCGCCCCCCGCCCCGCCCCCACCCGCACCCCUUCACCGUUGGGCCCUUCCUCUCCGCCGCCCCGGUUUCCUAGUGGCUGUUGACGUCUGUCUGGCGCGCCUGACUCCACGGCCUGUUCACGUCCUUCCAUGUUAUGGCUUCCUUGUAGUGAAAGGCACAUUCCAUGACGUUUUUCCACGAAUUCCACCAAACAAGAUGAAUUGAGUGUGUGUGCGCGGGGGUUUCUACAGAACUUAGGAUGGCUUUCUGAUUUGUCUGCCUUUUCUAGGGCGCGGUGGCUCCGGCCGCGAUGAGCUUGGUGCUGAGGAACCUGCAGCGGGCGGUGCCCCUGAGGCGGGCGCGGCUCCGCGAGAAGGUGCAGGCGGUGCGGAGAGCCCUGGGGGUGCAGCGCUUCGACUUGGGGGUCGUCUGUGUCGACAACAGAAAGAUUCAGCAGAUUAAUAGAAUCUACAGAGACAAAAAUACCCCAACAGAUGUGCUUUCCUUUCCAUUUCACGAGAAUCUGAAAGCAGGCGAAAUUCCCCAGCCUGAUUUUCCAGAUGACUAUAAUUUAGGAGACAUUUUCCUGGGAGUGGAGUAUAUCUUCCAGCACUGCCAAGAAAAUGAAGAUUACUAUGAUAUCCUGACUAUGUACCAGAAGGAGAAGCAGGCUCUCGAGGAGCUGAGCGGGCACACAGGGACCAGGCUGCAGCCCCUGAGCAGGGGCCUCUUCUGACCGAAGUGCCACAGUGUGGAUGGGAAGUGGGUACCCCCCCGGGCCCCAGGGACCAGGGCUCCCCACGCUGAGGUCCCCGCUGGCCACUGCUGGCCUGCUGCACAAGUGCCAGCCCUAGCAGGCGCUGAAUUCCACGAGUGGAACUUGCUUCUUAAAACACGAGAGAAAUUUUCACUCAUUUCUUUGUUCAGGACACAGUGGGUGUGUUAUUUUCAGUGUUGUAAAUAAAAUAGUUGCAAGUGCUCAGGA